CGCGGCGUCGAGGGGAGGGGACGCGCGCGCGCCAUGGUGAAGGCUCGCAUGCGCGCGAAGGCGGCGUCGGCGUCUCAGAAGAGCUCCGACGCCGCCGGGAAGGGCGUUGACGCGAAGGACGCCGCGGCCGAGGACGCGGAGCACGACAAGGCGCGUCGCGCGUUCGUCACGCUGAACGCGCUGCCGAAGCAUCAGAAGCGGAAGGUUGCGAAGCGCGCAGAGUUUCUCGAGAAGAUCCGCGUCGCGACCGCGUCGAAGAUGAAGCGGAAGGGCAAACGCCGCGGCGGCGUCGGCGCCGCGCUGAGCGACUUCGCGUCGCUGGAGGCCACGCUCGGAGACAUCGCGGGGGGGACGUCGCCGCUCGCGAGGCUCGGGAGAGCGAAGGGGAGGAAAGUAAAGAGCGCGGUGAUGCGAACGAAGCAGAGGACGCGGCUGUGCGCGUCCGAGACGGGGCGGAUGCAGGCGGUGCUCGCGCACCCGGAGUUUCGGUCGAACCCGAUCGCGGCCAUCUCGAACCACAUCGUCGCGGCGUUGAAAGCGAACGGGGGAGGGGCGAAACCGGACCGGGCGGCGGCGACCGCGGGAGGGGGGGAAGGGGACGCCGGGGGCGGCGGCGGCGGCGGCGCGAAAAAGCGGCGCGAAAAGAAAAAAGUGGAACUCAAGGCGGACAGCGACGCGGUCGCCAGGUCGCUCGCCGCGAGGCAGAUCUCCGCGAGCGCGCGCGGGGUCUCGUUCAAGGGCGAGAACAAGCUCGGGGUGAGGUACAACAACGCGAAGAAGAACAAGACGGGGGGGAAGAAAGGGUCCAAGCGCAGCGCGAAGCGCGCGCAAGAGACGUGGUAGCGGCGGAACUCCAUCAGUCAUCACAGCCUGUGAGCCACCGGUUUUCAGGUGUUUCCGCCACGUCGGUCGCU